AUUCCCAUUUGCAAGUUAGAAUUUAGUACUGAGGUGUAAAAACAAUUUUUGAAAGUUUGUGUAUGCAUUUGAAGUUUGAACCCUGUCGUAGUUUAAAUUUGGUAAAAAUAAUAUCGUUCGUAAUUCACUCCCAUAUAAUUUCCAUUCCUUAGUAAAGUUUGCAAGAACUAAGUGAUGUCUGCUGAAAAAAGUCUUUCUCAGUUCCUCGACAACCUGGAUGAUAAGGUCUUAGAAUGUGCAGUUUGUUUAAAAAGACUUCAACAACCAACAACAUUGCCAUGCCUCCAUGCCUUCUGCUUGUCCUGUCUUCAGAAUUGGGUUAAAAAGAAAGAUGGGCUCGUCUGCCCUACAUGCUCCCACUCAUACACAAUUCCUGAAGGCGGGCUUCAAAAGCUGCCGCCAAAUACAUUCAUCCUCAACUUAUUGGAAAGUGUUGAACAACUCGAAAAAAGAGACAAAGUCAAUUGCUUAUGUGGUAAAAACUAUGCUGUUUCUUAUUGUCAGGAUUGUAAAAAGGGUUUAUGUUCUUCUUGCAAAGACCACCAUAAACUGAUUCCUGUAUUGAUUGAUCAUGUACUUCAUUCGAUUGAAGAUGUCCAAUCUAUGACUCCACUUGAGCUUUCAUCUUUAAAUGUACCCCAAUGUUCAAUACACAAGAACAAAUCUUUGGAGUUCUAUUGCAAAGUUUGUGAAAUGCCUAUUUGUACAAACUGUGCUCUUACAGACCACAAGGAAUGGGAAGGAAAGCACAAGCACAUUGAUAUCACUAAAGCUUUUAAAGGAUUUCAGGAGAGAACUGUUCAUCUGAAGCAAGAUGUUGAGAAUUUCACCGCAGCAAUGAAGGCUAAAAUAAAUAAUGUUCAGCAUAAAUUAACCAGACUUGAUAAAAACAAACAAACAUGUAGAAAUGAGGUCACCACAUUUGCAAAACAAAUGAUAAAUUCAAUCAGGAAAAUGGAAGAAUCUUUACUUAAAGAGCUAGAUGUAUUGUAUCCCAAACAGAAAAAGAGUUUUGACAUCAAACUUGAUGAACUAAGUAGAAUAACAUUAGAUGUAAACACAAGAUGGAACUACAUUUCACAAUUAUUGAAGAGCAACAAAGCAACUGCUUUGCAAUCAAGUCACAAGGCCAUGACAUCACUUCAAGAAACAAUGAAGGCGUUGGUGGAUACAGAACCAGAAAGUGAUGACGUAAUACACUUUAUGAAGGAAAAGAAAUCAUUUAGCAUGCUUCAAAAAAAUGGAAUAGGAUAUAUUGUUCAAAACCCCAAGUCUUGUUUCAAGAUACCUGUUGAAUCACUGGUUGUUACCAAGGGGCAAAUGUUCAUUUUAAAACUAUGUGAAGGUAAUAAAACUGAUGGCCAUAUAACAUCAAGACUAACUUUCAAUGGCUUGAACAUUAAAUCUAAAGUUGAACACCAAGAUGAAGAGUGCACUGUUACAGGAACGUGUCCAAAUUCAGGUGUUUACAAACUAGAUGUUAGUUUAAACAAUGAACCAAUCACAGGAUCUCCGCUUCUGAUUAUUGCAUUGAAUGAAGGACUACACAGAAGUUUUGAGAUGAAGCAAAAAGUAACAGAUGUUGUGAUGACUAAUGAUGGAGAAUUUUUGGUUGCAUAUCAGUCAAAUCAGGUUAUUAAAAUUAAAGAUUUUGAAUUAGGGACUGUACAAUUUAAUCUAUCUAUACCUAAAAGUGCAACAGUUAAUAGAAUGCACAAACUUAAAAAUGGUAACAUCAUAUUCAGUGAUAGAAGCAUUAAGUGCAUUACAAUAUGCAAUCCAGGUGGUCAGGUGAUCAAAUCAAUUGGUAAAAGUGUUCUAAGAGAUCCAUGGGGCGUUGUUGUAAACAAACACACCAAUAUGAUUUAUGCUGCAGACUCUUUAAAAGAUUGUGUAUUUGUCUUUGAUCCAAACGAUUGUUUGAAAACCAAAACAUUUGGGUCUAGGGGUGAUUCACUUGUUAAGUUAAAUAGGCCUACUGAUAUCACACUUACAAAGGAAGGAAAUGUCAUUGUAGCAAGUGCAUACAAUCACAAAGUACAAAUGUUUGACAGUGAAGGCUCAUUUCUUAAAGUUCUUGUUGAGAAUGGUACUGAAGAUGGCAAAGUAAAAUGUCCUUGUGGUGUUUUAAUAGAUAAAGAAGAAAACCUUCUUGUAGCAAGUGAACAUAAACUUCAGCUUUUUAGUAAAGAUGGAGAAUUCAUUAAGAGAAUUAGUAAAGAGUGUGAUGGUUUAAGGAGCCCAUAUGGCUUAUGUAUAAUGUCUCAAUAUCCACGUAGAGUUGUGGUUGCAAACUGGGGAAAUGAAAAUGUGAAAAUAUUUAAUUACUAGAGUAAUGUUUUAUUCAUUAAAAUACUAGUAUAAGAUUGAUAAUUAAUCUGAAAUUAAUUGA